CCGGCCUUUUCGCAUGUCUUUUGACCGUCGCUAUGUGAAGGCAACAAAGAAAAUGCUGUGGAAGGAAAAGAGUGACCAUAUUUUACAAGACUUCGAAGGACACUGUUCUCUGUCCAGCCAUAAUCGUUUACUUUCUGGAGAGAUUAAUAUAUUCAUAAGGAGCAGGCAAGGACUAGUCAAGGCCGGCCUCGGCUAUAACUGAAGACAUCACUUCCCAGUUGGAUGAAACAUGCUUCACCGCAGAUUCAAGACAGUCGCAGUGUAACUGUUCGCUAUGUUCAUGCGUGACAACACUUUGUCUGACUUAGGCUAUACCUGAGAAUAGUGCACUUACCUGAGAGAUUACGGGCAGCAUUAGACUGUUAAACCCUUGUUAUGGCAACAGACGUCAUACCAGGCACAUUAGUUGCCCGAGAAAUUGAUCAGAUGUUAAAGAAAUCAUCUGAUUACCAAGGUGCUAAGAAACAAGUGGACAAGUUGAUGUCCAAGUCCAAAGUGGACUAUGUUAAAUCAAAUUACCGAUUAACAAAGUUUCAAAAUAUUCCCGUACAAAAACUGGACCUGGGCCAGUAUAUGUCUGCUGAUGCGCGGCAAUGGAAAAGGAAAAGAAGGAGAAAAAAGAAGAAACAGACAGCAUCGGAAGAAGAGAGUCGACUGUUUGAAGCAGAAGUGAAGAAAGAGGAAACAGAGAAAUCAAAUUACGUUCGGCCCUAUGACAAGUUUCGUCGGACAGCCAAGGCAGUGCAGAUGAUUAUUAACGUGUCUCAUGUUUGUCAAGAUCUCCUAGCAUACUACGUCCGUAACGAGUCCUGGUACGCGAUCUUAGACGAUUUGGAGGGCGAGGAGAGGAAGAAGCUGGGAAGUAAGACUGCCUUCAUUACCUACGUCAAUAACGAGGAGGGCACCGGCAGAGACAAGAUCGUCUUCGACUUUGCCGAAUACAAAAAGGAUUUUAAGUCAGAUGACCUGAUCAGCGAAGAAAUUCGCGCAAUUCUGAACAAGAUGCCCGGAACACGCACGGAAGAAGAAGCCAUGAUGGUGCUAAAAAUGAUGAAGAAACUUUCCGAUGGCUUCAACCUUUACCCGUUCGUGGUUCAAAAGAAAAUAUGCCAGUUUGCAUUUUUUGACAAGUAUUAUCGUGAUCGUGUCAUUAUCAGACGAGGAUUACCUUCGGACGGCCUCUAUUUUGUGCUUUCAGGAGCAGUCAUUGAAAAUGCUCCGAACUGGAAACAGCACGUGCAUCUGAAAAGAGGGGAUAUAUUUGGGGAAAAAGACCUCGAAUGUGGUUGCGCAAGGCGAUCGGAUGCCAUCAUCAAAAGUACAAGUGCGGAGCUCCUCUUUCUCCAUAGAUUGGAUUAUAUGGAUAUUUUCAGCCAAUCUGAAGAUGCAGGGGACCCUAAAAUAUUAAAUAUCUGCAGAAAGGAAAUCGUAUUUCAACAUUUCCCUAUGGAAGUUCUGGAGAAAAACCCAGGGACGUGGGCGGUCCUGCACUACAAGUUUGGACGACUAAUUGUGAAAAACAGCAACGACAUUGAAUGGAUAUAUGUAGUAAAGGCGGGCGAGGCCCGCGUAAUCAAGCACUUGAGUGUCGGAAAAAUCAGUGUGAGCGCACGGAGGAAAAAAGUCCAGGCUAUGGUGGACGCAGAUGAUCCUUUUGUUAAAACCAAACAGCUACUAAACUUCGUAUCAGCAAGAGAUUACCUCAAGUCUCAGUAUCGUCUGGGCCAUUAUCACCCCAAAAACCCCGAGGGAACGCCAAGGAUAGUCCUGCCAAAAUCAUCACCACCAAAGUCAGCACCGCCUACACUCAAACUCAAAGGACAACUGACCACAGAGGUUCAGGUUGAAAGGAAGAAAACUAGUCAGAUAGUGCGCCCACAGACCAGUCCGUCGGUAGGUGGAGACGGGAAACAAGACAGUCUCCAUCCACCAAGACCCCAGACAAGUGCAUCCAUGAACGAACCUUCAGGAGACGAGAUUAGCGAUGGGGAGUCCAAACCAAAAGCGUUUCUUCCAAAGUUGAAUAUUUUAAAUCUAAACAAUCAGGGAAGUUUUAUCAAACAGCUACGGCUUCAAAUAGAGAAAGAGAAACUUGAAGAGGAAGCUCAGGAGGAAGGCUUUGACCCCUCCCCACGUUCAUCUAUAGCUCCCAACAGCAGCCGCUCCAAAAAUGGCCGAAAGCACAAGAGGAGGGUUUCUCUGAAACCUGACGAUGACGAUCAAAUCGCAGUUCCGCCGUUUGUUCAGAUCGAGACGCUUCAGGCAGGACAAGUGUUUGGUCUGAGAGGAAUCUUAGAACCGGACGAAAGGGGAGCUUCUGCAAGUUUGGUAAGCGCUGGCUGUGAUAUCCUUCAGAUCAACAAGAAAUUCUUCAUGAUGCACGUCGAUGACACGGUUCUUGGUCUUGUUAGGAUGAAGUAUAAACCAUUUCCAACUGAGGACGACCUGCUCGACCGCCUGGACAACAAUCUUCAAUGGGAGAAAUAUAAACAAGAGACUGUCAAGGAAUACGUUGAUAACAAAGCUGCCCAACAGUCCUUGAGGUGAUGCAAAAGUUUCAGAAGUCA